GAACAGAAAGAGGAUGAUGUUGUUACGCGUAAUCUGAAAGCAAAUGGAGCGCGGAGCUUAGCCGAGGCUGUACGAGGUGAAGAAGAGCGAGAAUGCAUGGAGCAAGUAUUUCUCAGCCGAGCCGUCUCUUCUACGGCCGAAUUAUCUCGAGAGCAUGUUGAUACAGCGGACACGACAGAAUUUCCAGUGCCACCGCCACGUCACAAAAAGCAUGCAACAAAACAAAACGAACAACAAAACUCUCCGUCUGAAGAUCAUUUCUCGAUGAGAGAACGCUGGAGAAAGCUUGAUGUCUCUGGUGCCAUUUUAAGGCCUUUCAGAAGCUGCAAACAGUGCACUAAUUGCUCAUCCUGCCGGUAA